AUGAAGGCCAAAGCAAUGAGUAAUUCGUCUGCCCGUCAGGUGGAUACACAGGCAAUUCUUAUCCAAUCCCCUGAAGCUGUGACAGUGACUGAGGGUGGCACAGUGACAAUUCGCUGUGAUUUGCGAAGCAGCAAUGCUGAUUACACUGUGGACAAAUAUGUUCUGCACUGGUACCGUUCACGAGUUGGGUUUAUAAGAUUGACUCAUUAUGUAAACAACCAUGUUUACCGAUCGAUAGGAUUCUCUGAGCGGUUUCAGCUUUCCAGAAAUGUAACCAGUAACAGUUACAUUCUGACCAUCAGAGACCUGAAGCUCACUGACACUAAUACCUACGUCUGUCAGAUUUGGGGGAAGGUCCACGGAAACGGAACCCGCCUGAAUGUAACCAUUGCAAACCCUCCAAUCCUUCUCCAGUCUCCGAUCCUGGAACGUGUCACCGAGGGUCACACUGCUCGGUUACAGUGCACCAUGAGGAACGCCGCAGUGACACACACCGAUGUUCACUGGUACCGGGAGCGACCAGGGAAUAACACGGAGUGGGUUUUAACACAUGACGUGAGGAACAUCAGACAAUGGAGCCCAGGAUUCACUGAGCGAUUCCAGUCUUCCAGAGACUCCUCCAGUAACAGCUUCAUUCUGACCAUCACAAACGUGCAGCCCAGUGAAACUGGGGUCUACUACUGUAAAGUGUGGGGAGAUAUCAGUGGGAAUGGAACCCAGCUGACUGUAACUGAAGAACCUUCCCAUGGUAUUCCCCAGACUUCGGAUCCCAUUUUAAUCAUUGGCACCAUUCUGGGCUUAGCUGUCUUGAUCUGCCUUGUCCUGCUCAUAGUUUUCCUUCGGAAACAAAAGCUGUGCUCCUCAGUAAAGGACUCCACACAAGGGAGCCCUGGUGAGGACCAGAAUGCUGUGUAUGAAACAGUAAAUGACUCAUUGACAGCAACUGGUGAUCAGCAUCUACCUGGAGCUUACGGAAUCCCUCCUUCAACAGGACACAGAAAGAAUGUGAAAGAUUCUCCAGCAGAUACCACAUACAUGACAUUGCAGCUACAGGACUGUUCUACUUACAGUGAGCUUAAAGGCUCUAAGCAAACUCCCAAAACCUAACCUACAGAAGCAAUCCUUCUGUGCAAUGCAUAGUUCCUCAAACGUAAGGAUUAUCAGAUACUGAAUGCAGGGCAUCUUCCCAGAAUGCUUCACUGUGACGCUGACUGCAGGACAUCCUUCCCAGAAUGCUUACCAUCAUGCCGACUGCAGGACAAUCUUCCCCACCAUGCAUACUCGUUGAUAUAGAUUGUAAAUAGUUGAGACUUCAGCAGUAAACCUGCGACAAUCUUUUUGAUUCUCACCCUGUCUGACCUAAUGUGACUCCAGAAGCACAGUUUAAAAUAAUUAACUCAUAUCUCCCCUCUGAGCACUUUGGUGUGGGCCAAUAAGUGCUGCCUAGCCAGUGAUACCCAAUAUCCAUGAACAAAUGAAAGGAAACCUUCACUAAUCACAGCCUAAAAAUGAGUCAUUUAUGCGCGGUCUCUGCUGUUGUGGAUCCAUCCUCCCUUCAUGAAAGCAUGAUCCUCCCCAUAACAUGAGCUAUUAUUGUACCGUGUAACCUUUGAUGUGUUUUGGAAAUACAAAAGUGGAUCCAAUGGACCACACUGCAACGGGUGAUAGUUCCUCAUCACCUCUGCAAUUGGACAGUGUUAUAGACUGUGGGCACUGUCCUGUGUCUGUGUGUAACACCUGGCCCCUUGUUUGUACUUUUAAUUGAAAAUGACAAUUGUAUUUUUAUUACUUAUCCAUGUACAGACUGGAUAUAAAUGUCUCUCUUUGCUACAUAAAGAAUAUUUUGGAUUGACUUUAUUUUAAA